GCUUGGUAAGAGAUUUAGCUUCCACAAAAUGCUAAAACCUGGGCAAUUAUGGAUCUGCUAUAAAUUGAAUUAAAGUUACAUGAAAUUACUUAGCUCAAUGGAAUCUUAAACAGGUGAUAGAUUAAUUUCACACCAUCGAUCAGAUCUGAAUCCAAACCAGACACCAAUUCAAGAUAAACCGGCCUGGAAACCAAAUCGAUCGAACUACAACAUCAUAGUAGUAGUAGUAUAGCGUACCGGAAAAAGAAGGCCGGCGCAGCCGGCAGGGGAAUCUAUAUAUAUGUUACACUCACUGUAUAAGCAAAUAAAGGUAGACGGGAAAGAGAAUCGAUUAACCGGCGUAGAUGUGAACUCCGAUGGCGAUGAGGAGAAUAGUGAUGACGCCGAAGAAGAUGAUGGUGUGGACCACAAUGGCAGCCCCGCUGGUAUGCAUACCCCCGAACUCAACCACCUUGUUCCUGCCCGGAAUCUGGAAGAGCAGCCCCGGAGUGAGGAGCACGAAGAGCACCACCGCUAUCACCACCGGCCCCCAAUCCGCCAUCUCGAUCUCCGGCGAUUUGAUUUUUCACGCUCUGCUCCGAUCCAACUGCUCUUCGCCGGCCACUCAGCACCUACAACAACUCUGAAAUACAGAAAAUUAUAAAUAACUCUUGAAUUGAAUCUAAUCACCGAAAGCUCUCACGUCUGUAAGGAGCAAGGAAUGAAGCGAAGUGAAUUUACAGCUUCGAACAAAGCACAGAUUUAAAGGCAGGCGGAUAGUGCUUUAUGGCUGUGAAACUAUAUUUUUUUUCCGUGCCGGUACGCCACGUGUAAAGGCGCGUCGUUUAAGACGCUACAACUAAAUUUAUAUUGGCAAAUUGUAUGUAUGCUCUCAAAUUGAAACGGUUUUAUACUCAUCCCAAAUUUUAAAUUUUUUAGAAUGUGCUUGAGAGGUGUGAUUUUAGCGAUUUGGAUCCCUGCAGCACGGUAGAGAUGCCUUCGGCAUCCAUCCACAGAGACAACAGGGGAGGAGAGGCUGUGAGAUUGCCUUGGUUGAAUCGCGUGACUAUUAAAUACAUGCAUUGUACCUUGUUGCUAUAGUAACUUAGCAAGGCAGAGAAUCCCCAUCCCGAUUUUAGAGAGGAG